AUGGGUUGGGUAGACCAGGUUCCCCGGGCGGGUAAUCUAUACAUCGGAGGUCUUAGGGCUCUCUUCCAACCAGAGGUCAUGCACGAAUCAGGUAUCACUCAUGUCCUGUCCAUCGUCGACUACGACGCGGGCGCACGUGACCAGCUACAGGGCCUCCGACACCUGCAUAUCGACCUGGAAGACCUGCCGAGCGAAAAUAUCCUCCAGCACUUUGACGGGGCAAACCAGUUCAUCGCGGACGGGCUCAGGGGCGAGGGCGGCGUCUUCGUCCACUGUGCCAUGGGCAAGUCGCGAUCCGCCACCCUCAUCUGCGCCUAUCUGAUGUGGAGGGACGGCGUCACGCCCGAGCAAGCCCUGGACCAACUCUGCGAGGGCCGUCCGGUGUGCCAGCCCAACGAGGGGUUCAUGGAGCAGCUGCGCUUGUAUCAUCGUGUGCUGCGAGCGAAGGACGAGGACGAGAAGAGGGACAUUGUCACGCAAUGGGAGGGGAAUCGAUUCCGGGGGAAGGCGUGGGAAUGGGUAUCAGAUACCAGCCGGAAUGGGUCGCAUAAGCUGUAG